GCUCAUUCUCCAAACUAAACAAUCUCAACCAGAAGAAGAACGAACUUGGUUUAUUCAUCAAAUUUCCCAGUUCUUUCUUCUUCUUCUUCUCAAUCCAUGGAUCAACCAACACUAUCAUUGAUUUCAUUCUUACUAACACUUCAUCUUUCACUCUCAGGGGUAAUUUCAACGACAUUUACUUUUGUUAACAAAUGUGACUACACAGUGUGGCCAGGCAUUCUUUCAAACGCCGGUGUUCCUCCUCUUUCAACCACCGGCUUCGUCCUUCAAACCGGCGAGACAAGCGCCAUCGCCGCACCAACCUCCUGGGGCGGCCGCUUCUGGGGGAGAACCCUCUGCUCCCAGGACGACUCCACCGGAAAAUUCUCCUGCGUCACCGGCGACUGCGGCUCCGGCAAGCUCGAGUGCGCCGGCAACGGGGCCCUACCGCCGGCCACGCUGGCGGAGUUCACGCUUGACGGCGCCGGAGGGCUAGACUUCUUCGACGUCAGCCUCGUCGACGGCUACAACGUGCCGAUGCUGGUGGUUCCCCAGGGCGGAUCCGGCGACAACUGCACCGCGACGGGAUGCAUCGGCGAUCUGAACGGCGCGUGUCCGUCGGAGCUGAGGGUGGACGGGAAGCAGGGCGCCGUGGCGUGUAAGAGCGCGUGUGAGGCGUUUAACACGCCGGAAUAUUGCUGCAGCGGCGCGUAUGGGACACCGGAUACUUGCAAACCUUCUUCUUACUCUGAGGUGUUCAAGAGCGCUUGCCCACGCGCGUAUAGCUACGCGUACGAUGACAAGACCAGCACCUUCACUUGUGCAUCAGCAGAUUAUACCAUCACCUUUUGUCCUUCUCCUACCACCAGUCAGAAAGCGUCACAGGGGCAAGACACGAAACAAGUGCCUGGCUCGCCCAUGGAUAACGACGACAACAGUAACAGUAACACGAUGGUGUAUGAAGGUGCUUCUUAUGAUCAAAAUCAAGUAUCACGUGCCACCGCCACGUCUACCCACGCUGUUGCCGCCACUAUCACCAUAGCUAUUUGGCGGUUGUGCCAGCUAUCUCCACUUACCUAACUAACUAUUCUUUCAUUGGGCCCAUGGGCCUUCCGAUCUAUCUAACCACACCUCCACAUUCAUGGGCCCAAAAGCUUUAUUGCUCACCAACAACAACAAGUAUGGUCAUGCCAUGCCGACUAGGAUGUGACUCGUUUGAAGAGAAAGCUCACUGGUCCUUAGAUUAGUUGAAUCCAAAAAAUAUUAAACCAAUAUAGGUAGGUAGCAUUUAGCAAUAUGUUACUCCCAUUAUUAAAUUAAUUCAUUUUUAUCUGUUAGACCAAUAGGGUAUACUGCUAUAUAUUUAUUGAAUUCUUUGUAUUCUGGGCGAUGGGAUUCAUUUACAAGAAUGUGUUGCAAUUAUAAAAUUUGUGAUACUUUAUUCAUUUUUGUUCAAA